AUGGCCAAUGAAGCGAAUAAUUCCUUCACUGACAUCUUAUCAGCUGCAUUAGAUGAAUCUGGAAUCUUAGGAGACUUUGAUGACUUUGACGAACCAGUUGCUGACGAACCUAUCAACCAUGUAGCAUAUCAAGAAGUACCAAAGAAUCAACCAGUCACAGUACCUGUGACAUCAUGGAAUGGGAGUGCCAUUCCUCAAACCCAGGUGGGCCAGUCAGCUGUGUUCUCUCAUGCCUUGAAACAACUGGCAUCUACUUCCCAAGUCAUCCCUACUGUUGGGACCCAACCUAGUCAGGUUGGAAAUGGUCCACAGAAAGUUGCCCUUCAUUCUACAUUGGGUAGGCCAGCUUCAUCCCCUGCAAUGAUUCGUAUACCCAAGUCCAGUAUUCAGAAUUCUGUGGCCAGUCCAAGCAGCAUUCCAAUAUCCAUACAGCAAGCAGCUAGUGCCGCAUCUGGGAACACAACUCCUCGUAUCAUCAAAAUAACACGGGUCGGGGGAGCACAAGGCGCAAUCAAGAUACCCCAGAACAGUGGAGCAAUUACUCUAGGAAGCCUUGCAGGAGGAUCUUUUGCAGGCAAAAAAAUUAUUAUCAAAAGGGCAGUGUCAGGUGCUGGUGUACCAAACAUUGGUGGCCCCAGUGUGGUUGGACAGGGUAUGGUUGGACAGGGUGUGGUUGGAACAGCAAGUGGGGUUUCAAAUAUUGGGGAACUUGUCCAAGGCAAUCAUAUUGGGCUGCCAACCCACAUACAGCAACGUUCAUUUUCACCACAGCUACAAUCUGCCAAUUCUCCAAUACAGAUUGUAAGUCAAUCUGGCACAACUGGAAGGUCACUUCAGAAUGCAGUAUCAUUACUGCAGCGAAGUGGAGAUUCUCUACUUAUUCCAAGGACGUCCAGUGCCAUACAGGUGCCAUCUACUGUGCCCACAAGAAACAAUAUCAUCGUCAACUCUAGUGGAACAAGUAGUGCCUCAACUGGGACCAAUGUUGCUAAUAUAAAAACUAAUUUGUCGCAUAAAGAUGUAUCAAGAAUGUGGUCCAAUGAGGAUCUUAAAAUGAAAAACUUUUCUGCGCCAGUCAUGAAAAAUAUGAGUGGUGGUCUUCAGCAUAGCCUAGCUGGAAUGACUGCACCUUCCUUCUUGGAAGAUGAAGAAGUUGAGGAUGAAGUGGAAGAGCUUGGACAUGCAGAAACGUAUGCCGACUAUAUGCCUAGUAAACUGUCUGUUGGUGUUAAACAUCCUGAUCCAGUGGUAGAAACAAGUUCCCUGUCCAGCGUCGAAUCCUCUGACAUCUGGUACAAGCUGUCCAUUCCCGACUCCACCAUUGACUAUGGAGACCUUUCUGCCUUACAGUUGGAAUCUAUUGUGUAUGCCUCACAGCGACACGACAUGAUCCUACCUUGUGGAGAGCGAGGUGGAUUCCUUAUAGGUGAUGGUGCUGGUGUCGGAAAAGGUAGAACUAUUGCAGGAAUAAUUUAUGAAAACUACAUCCAGGGCAGGAAAAGAGCAUUAUGGCUCAGUGUUUCUAAUGACCUUAGAGUUGAUGCCGAGCGAGACCUGAGGGAUAUUGGAGCUGGAAGAAUAGAAGUACAUGCCUUAAACAAGUUUAAGUAUGCAAAGAUCUCUUCGAAAGAAAACGGUAGUGUCAAGAAGGGCGUUAUCUUUGCUACAUAUUCCUCCCUGAUUGGAGAAAGUCAAUCUGGUGGCAAGUACAAGACAAGGCUAAAACAGCUUCUCAAGUGGUGUGGCAGGGACUUUGAUGGCUGUAUUAUAUUUGAUGAAUGUCACAAAGCUAAGAAUCUAUGUCCUGUUGGGAGUAGUAAGCCUACAAAGACAGGACAGACAGUGCUGGAAUUACAGAAUCGUCUGCCAAUGGCUCGCAUCGUAUAUGCAAGUGCCACAGGUGCUUCUGAACCUAAGAACAUGGCAUACAUGACAAGACUUGGCCUGUGGGGAAAAGGCACGCCCUUCACUGAAUUUAAUGACUUCAUUCAAGCUGUGGAGCGGAGGGGUGUUGGUGCAAUGGAACUGGUUGCUAUGGACAUGAAACUGCGUGGCAUGUACAUUGCCAGGCAACUUAGCUUCAAAGGCGUCUCUUUCAGAAUUGAAGAAAUUCCUCUAGAGAAGGACUUUGUGGAAGUGUACAAUGAUGCUGUGAAGAUGUGGGUUGUGGCUAGAGACAGAUUCCAGAAAGCUGCAGAGCUGAUAGAUGCCGAACAGAGGAUGAAGAAGACAAUGUGGGGUCAAUUCUGGUCAGCACAUCAGCGCUUCUUCAAGUACCUGUGUAUAUCGGCAAAAGUCAAUCAUUGUGUCCGUCUGGCGAGGGAAGCUGUCAGGAAUGGCAAGUGUGUUGUGAUUGGUCUCCAGUCAACAGGAGAAGCUAGAACCCUAGAACAGUUGGAGGAGAGUGGAGGAGAACUGAAUGACUUUGUAUCCACAACCAAGGGUGUUUUUCAAACAUUAGUUGAGAAACAUUUUCCAGCACCUGAUCGAAGGAAAACCUUUGAUAUUUUCGGAAUUGGUGGAUACCCCAGUUUCCUUGAUAACAGUAACCCUCCUACACCAGAAAAUCACAACAACAAAAAGAGAAAAAAAGACCAAAAAACUUCUAAAAAGGCAAAGAAGCAGAGAGGGAAUGGUAGCUCAAGUGAUUCUGAUGAAAGUGACUCAGAUUGGCUCAAGUCCGACUCGGAUGCUAGUAGUGUAGACUUUGGAGCUGACAGCGAUUCAGAGUCUGAGGGCGAUGUAGAUGACUUCAACCCAUUUGGCAGUGGAUCUGAUAGUGAUGAUGAUCCAUGGUUGAAAAAGAAAAAUAAAGCAAACAGGAAGAAAACGAAGAAAACAAAGAAGAAGAAAAAGAAGAAAGGAAAGGAAAUGGAUGAAGAUGAGGAGUUUGACAAACAGUUGGCAGCUGCCGGUCUGAUGAAGAAAAAUCUUAGUACCAAAGAGAAUAUCAACAACUUUGGCAAUAAUAACACCACCAAUAACAGCUCUAACCAACCAGUACUUGGUAUGGAUAGUGUGGAAAGAGCUGUGUCUAUGAAAAGAGAACUAUUGGAUAUGUUGGAAGAAGUAGGAGACAAACUGCCUCCAAACUUACUAGAUCACCUAAUAGAUGAACUUGGUGGCACAGAAAAUGUUGCAGAGAUGACUGGUAGGAAGGGACGUGUUGUCAGUACCGAUGAUGGCAUCAGUUACGAGUCACGCAGUGCCUCGGAUGUACCACUGGAAUACUUAAACCUUACAGAGAAACAAAGGUUUAUGGAUGGUGAAAAGAAUAUAGCCAUAAUCUCUGAGGCAGCUAGUUCAGGUAUCUCUCUCCAGGCUGAUAGGCGAGCAAUCAAUCAAAGGCGGCGUGUUCAUAUCACUUUGGAGUUGCCAUGGAGUGCUGACCGAGCUAUACAACAGUUUGGUCGCACCCACAGAUCUAACCAAGUACAUGCCCCAGAGUAUCUGUUUUUGAUCUCGGAACUAGCAGGAGAGCAGAGAUUUGCUUCUACUGUAGCAAAACGUCUGGAAAGCUUGGGAGCACUCACCCAUGGUGACAGAAGAGCAACAGAAUCACGGGAUCUCAGCCGCUUUAACAUUGAUAACAAGUAUGGCCGUGUUUCCCUGGAGAAUGUUAUGAAAUCAUCAUUAGGGUUUGAGAGUCCUCUGGUUGCCCCUCCCUCAGAUUACCAGGGAGAUUUUAAUGCAGAUGUCAGGAAGGGUCUUGUGGGAGUUGGCGUGGUUACUGUGGAUGACAGAAUUAAUGUUCCAAUCUUAGAUAAAGAUUACAACAACAUCAGUAAAUUCCUCAACAGAAUCCUUGGUAUGGAGGUCGCUCUACAGAAUGCUCUGUUCAAGCAUUUCUCACAGACCCUGAUGGCCAUCAUUCUGGAGGCCAAGAGGAAUGGAAGAUGGGACAUGGGCAUUCUUGAUCUUGGUUCUGGAGGAGAAAGUGUAAAGAAACUAGAGUCGAGGGUGUUUGUAGGAAACACAGCCACAAACACAGCCAGGACAGAACUCACCACAUUUUCCGUGGAGAGGGGUAUGUCCUGGACUGGAGCCACAGAGAUCUGGAGGAAGUAUACAGGUUCUGAGGAUGGAUUUUAUGUCUCAACACAGGAGAGAAGCAUGAAGAAGACAGCAGUACUGGCAGUGUACUACGGGCUGAGUAAGAAGAAGGAGAAGAUGUACAAUGUAUACCGUCCAAACACUGGCAGACAGGUCCAUACAGAGGCUCUGUCUAAUCUCAAGAAAAAGUACAAAAAGGUACUUCCAGAUGUUGCCAUGCCCAUAUGGGAUGACCAAUACAACUUAUCUGCAAAAAUUUGCAGUCAUGCUUAUUGGAAGGGCAACUGUAAGAAGGUGAGUCUGGGUCUGCCAUGUGAGGUAGGACUCAGGAGUCGAACAUUCCAUGUACUUAGCGGAUCCGUUCUCAGCGUCUGGAGCAAAGUAGAGGGAGUCCUUGCUUCAAUGCCAGGGGGAGCCAACUCCAAGAUGCAAAUCAUACGUCUACGGACAGACAGUGGCCAAAGAAUUGUUGGUAGCCUUAUUCCCAAUAACUGUGUCCUUCCUUUAUGCAACAUUCUGUCUCAGGACUGUAAACAGACAUUCACAGAAAAGCAUCCCGUACACGAAGAGAAUUCAUCACACCUCAGUAUGCCUCUUCUCUUCUGAGACUGUUCCUGGAAACUUCACUCCAUUUGUACCUUCAUCAGAUUCCAAAGCAUUUCAUUCUUUUGUUACAUCAGAUCAAUUUUAAAAAAGGAUUUUUAAAAACAUAAAAGUAUAAAGGAUGCAGCUUCCUAAUGCACAAAUCCAUUGUCUAAGUAUUACUUUGCUAGUUGCUUCAAUAUC